CACUCUCACACUCCCACAACCACUCGCCUUCCCGGCGCCGGCGAAAGUUCUCCAGCACGGCUAAUAAAUACACAGCCGGACAGAUUUUAGUGCAUGUAGUUUUGAAAUCCCCAGGAAUUAGACAAAUUUGGUUUGUUCAUAUUGAGGUAUUGAAGAAAAUUGACAGUUGAAAUGGCUGAAGCCCUAAGCCCGAACCCGAAGCAAAGAGGCCCGUUUUCGCCGUCGAGCCCUUUCUUCUUGGGCUCUAAUGAUGACAAACUCGAAAGAGCUCAAGCACGCGCUGCCCGUGCUGCAGCCAUCCGACGCAAGCCUGCUGCCGCCGGUCCUCCCGCUGUAGCCACUGCAAAUGAGUCCUUCCUCGAUAAGCAGCAGAUUCUAGAAUUGUUCCACAAUUGCAUCAAACUUGCUAGUGAAAAUAAAAUUAAUCAAAAGAAUACGUGGGAGCUGAAUUUGAUAGAUCAUCUAUGCGAGAUUAUUAAAGUUGAAGAAGAAAAUGAUGCCGAGACCAAUUUUCAGAAGGCAAGUUGUACCCUUGAAGCUGGAGUAAAGAUUUACUCAAUGAGGGUGGAUUCUGUGCAUUCAGAGGCAUAUAAGGUACUUGGAGGGAUUAAUCGAGUUGGUCAAGAAAAUGAGAAAGACAACACUUUGGAAGAUAUCAUUGACAGUAGUCAUGAGGAAGGUCAUUCAAAGAAAGACCGAGAGAGAAAGCUGUCACCUUUGUCGACACUUGAGUCAUCAUUUGAGGCACUAAAUGUUAAAAAGUUUGAUGUGGCCUUUGCUGUGGAUCCUCUGUAUCAUCAGACAUCAGCACAAUUUGACGAAGGUGGAGCAAAGGGUCUUCUAUUGAACAAUCUUGGAGUAUAUGGUAACUGCCAGGUCCUUUUUGAUUCACUUGAGUUACCUGGAAAGUGCACAUUGCCUGCAAUUGAACGUGGCAGAUCUGAAACAAUUGAUAUAACUUUCAUGAGAGAUACCAUAGAACAGAUGGUGUUUAACAUCCCAGAGAAGGAGGAGAUUUCACCUACUCUUAAGGAUAUAGUUAACCUUUUUGAUGAGGAUAAUCGAAGACCGCCAUGUGAACCAUGUUCUUCUGUAGAAAAAUCACCAGGACAAGUUAAGGGAGCUGAGGAUUGCUUUGAGUUUGAUAAUGGUGCAUGUGAAAAUUGUGGGGGCUUGGAUCAGGAUGAAGAAACAAGUUUGGUGGAUGAAGGAACCUAUGAUGGGGAUCAGAUUUUGCCAAGCCCACAUGGGGAUGGUGAACCAUGUGUCUUCAGUGAAUGUGAUGUAGAUGACAGAUUUGAGAAAGUUGAUGACUAUUUAUUUUUAAGUUUGGGACUUUUAUCAAGGCAAAAUGCCUGGGCUGGUCCAGAUCAUUGGAAGUAUCGGAAGGCAAAAGAAAUUCCAGAGAAUGAAGAUGAUGCAUCACCAGUAAAGGCCAAAAAAUCAAAGAGUAGAAAAAUUGAAUCUGAUAUUGAUUUUACUAAAGCCUUGGAUGCUGAUAUGUCCAAUGUCUUUGCUCCCCCAAAGAACCCAAAGUCACUUCUACUGCCUGCAAAUAGAGCACCUUGUAAUACAAGACUUCCAGAAGAUUGCCAUUAUCAACCAGAGGAUCUUGUGAAGUUGUUUCUUUUACCCAAUGUUAUGUGCCUUGGGAGGAGAAGAAGGAAAGUUCCUGAUGAAUCAAGUCCACAAGAAGAUGAUUAUGGAGCAAUGCCAUCAUGGGAUGAUCAAAAUGGGUUUGAUGGCUUUUCAGAUCAUGAAAGUGCUUAUGGCAAUGUCGAAGACUUAAGCAACCUUGUCUCUCAGCCCCGGCAGGUUAACAAGAUUGAAGUGCAGUAUGACAAAACAUCAAAACAGGUCGACGUUCAGGCACUUAAGGAAACCCUGUGGGACCAUAUAAGAGAAAAAAAUCUGGCAGAAGUGCAGGAAAACACGGAUGACCACAAAAUAUCUUUUAAGCAAAUUUUAGCAACUUUUCCAAGUGACUGCAGAGCAGCAUCAUCUGUUCGAGACAUCUCUCCUCAUUUGUGUUUCAUAUGCUUAUUGCAUCUUGCAAACGAGCAUGGGUUGUGGAUCCAUGGGUCUGCUAACUUGGAUGAUCUCAGUAUUCAUCUUUAGAUUCAUAAUAAUAUGGUUUUGGGAGCUGCAUUUUCAAGCUUCACCGGCUCAUCUGCACGUGCCUUCUUUUGGAAGUGUGUAUUACUAUGUAUAUUGUUGUUCUUCCUCCUAUCAGAUUCCUACCGUACCAUUGAUAUGGUUUAGACUGGGAAUCAACCAUCUGUCCUAAGAAUGUACCUAAGAUGUAGCAUCCGUAGAUGUAAUGAAAUGUGGUGCUUGACUAACAAAUUUACUCUUUUGAGUGGUGGAUUCCUCAUGGUUUCUGCUUAAACCUAUGUCAAAUUUGUUGGCUUUGGUUGCGAUGAUCUGUCAGCAAGAUUGUCGUUAUUUUUC